GGAUGCUCCAAUUUGUUGAUAAGCGUCGGUGUCAACGGCAACGCACAACAAACGAUUCUGUGGCGUUAAUUAAAUGAAUAAUUUUUCAUGGAGACUCUGAUAUUCUCUUCCUAGAAAACACAUAAAAAGUUGAUCUACGGCAGCCAGCGCAGCCCGAGUGCGGGGCCAAACUUCUUGAACGGGAGAAAGCAUCCCAAGACGACUUCAAUCUUGAUAAGCGGAAAAGCUUGCCUCAGUUAUUUCGUGAGUGACGUCCGAGCAAUACAGAGGAAUCAGCCAGUGCUCGAAUUACUCGGACUUGAACUUGACGCGGAACAUGGAUUACGGUUUAACGCUUGUCGCGUUCUUACUGAACCUUAUCGGAAUUCUACUAACCCCAGUCUACAUAUUCCUCGAGUGGUUGAAGAAAGGCGACAAGGUCCCUCCAAUUACGGACAAUUUGCUGUUGAUACCAGUUACAGAGCUUGCCGCCAAGAUCCGGGUUCAAGAGGUAAAAUCGGAGCAAGUAGUUCGUGCGUAUAUAGAGCGAAUAAAGUUGGUUGAGCCAAUCAUCAAUGCCGUUGUGGAAGACCGAUUUGAGGCUGCUCUCAAGGAUGCAAGAAGUGCUGAUGAGAUGUGUACCUCCACGGACCGAACGGAGCUCGAGACCAAGUAUCCACUUCUAGGCGUUCCAUUUACCGUUAAGGAAAGUUGCGGAUUGCAAGGCCUCUCUCAGUCGGUAGGAUCACUUACACGAAAAGGAAUAAAAGCAAUAUUCGACGGAGAAGUAGUUACAAAUUUAAAAUCCGCCGGAGCAAUCCCCCUUCUAGUCUCGGCAAAUCCUGAAUAUUGUGUUAGCUGGGAGACCAACAACUUACUGAAAGGAGUCUGCCGUAAUCCUUAUAAUACUAGACAUUCGUCGGGCGGAUCGUCUGGUGGUGAAGGAGCAUUAAUCGCUGCUGGCGCAUCUCCGUUCGGAGUUGGAUCAGAUAUAGCCGGUUCAAUCCGUAUUCCGAGUGCUUUUAAUGGAAUAUUUGGACAUAAACCUACAGGAGGCUUACUCUCCACCAAUGGACACUUCCCUGGCUCUACAGAUCCUGAAUUCAAUACCUAUUUACAAACCGGUCCAAUGUGUCGAUACGCAGUUGACUUACCUAUGAUCUUGGAAAUUAUGGUGGGCGAGAAGGCGAAAAUGAAACUCGAAAAUGAACUCCAUUUGAAAGACAUUAAGGUCUACACAACCAGCGGUUAUGGAAGAAGAGCAAUUGGAAAUUGUAUAUCACCAGAAAUAGAGAGAGUGAUGCAAGAAGGCGUAUCCUACUUCCGACAAAUCGGUAUGGAUGUGAAGGAGGUAAAACUUUCAUCUAACAUUGACGACUCCUUAGAAGGUAGUUUAGCGAAAUUUGUGGAAAUGAAUGAUAUACCGGAUUUGCUCCAGCAUCCUGAUGAUCCAAAGACACACGACAAUCUGUUCAUAGAAUUUGCGAAGCAUUUAAUCGGAAUACCAAAGUACACACUAGCGUCGCUUAUUUUCGAAGUCCUCAAGGAAACUGGUGGAUUUAUGACUGCCGCGAGUAGGAAAUUGCACAGCGAGAAACUAUCUAUCUUGAGAAAAGAGCUGCUUGAUCUACUGGGGGCUGAUAGUAUACUGAUUUUUCCAACGAUUCAUUGCACAGCAUUCAAGCAUCAUGAAUCUUACGCAAAUAUGCCCGGAGUGAUGUACACAAUGUUUUUCAAUGUGAUAGGAUUUCCAGGGACUCAUAUUCCCAUAGGACUAUCAAAGCGGGGACUUCCAAUCGGUUUUCAAGUGGUUGCGGCGCCAUAUAAAGAUAAAUUGUGUCUAACAAUUGCUACAGAGUUAGAGAAGAAGUUUGGCGGAUGGAUACCACCGUCAUGAAAUGUUUGGGGGCAUGAGUCAUAAAAUGGGGAGGAAGGCUUAUCAACUAUAUAAAUAUUUAAACUAUUACUGCAUACAUAUAUCGGGAGAAACCAAAGAAGAAAAAGACUAGUCUUAUUAAUUGUUUUGCUUAAGAUAUAAGUAGUCACCACUGGUUAGGGCUUUUACUCUUAGUCAUAAACAUUUGUAUAUAAUAUACUCAAGUUAUUGUAAAAGAUGAAAUGCGUAUUAUUCUGUAAAGAGAAAGGAGAAAAUAUAUUUCAUACGGACAGAAGCAAUCCAA